GAGUUUGGUGAAGGUGACCCAGUGGGUCUUUGGGGUCCAGUAGUAGAGCCAGAUUUUGGGCAGGAGCGAUACCUCCCUAUAAAUCCAUUAGUUGCAAUUAAAGAAGGUAAAAUGCACACGGUACCCCUCAUCGUGAGUCAGACUACUGACGAGUUUUUCUGGAAAGCAUUCCCGGUCUUACAAAACGAAACGCUUUUGAAGACAAUGAAUGAAGAGUGGGAGAGAGUCGCUCCGAUCUCGUUCAUACUACCGAAGAAGAACCGUGGCGCGGCGGUACAGAAACUUAAAGAGGUGUACCUUAAGGGGAAGAAGUUGACGAAUGACAAACAAAGUGAGAAGGCUCUUGGACAACUUUACGGAGACUCCGUCGUUGGGUUUGGGGUGCACAGGCUAGCUAACCUAAUGUGUCGUCACUCCAAGCAUCCAGUGUGGUACUCAGAAUUCGCGUACGUUGGGAACAACUCCCACUAUGAGGACUCUCACGGCAAACCACAAGGAGCGGCGCACCACGACGACCUGCUGUACCUGUUCACGCUGAGCUACCGGUUCCCCGUGAUCUCGCUGGACAGCAAGCACUCGCACGUCGUCGACGAGAUGACGGCGCUCUGGUACAACUUCGCCAGAUACGGAGACCCGAACCCGCGCGGUGACACGCCGGAGCUGGGCAAGCUGUCGUGGCCCGCCAUGACCGCCGCGGACAGGAGGUACCUGCACCGCGGACAACAGCUAGAGGUGCGACAGAACAUGUUCGAGGACCGGUACAAGAUUUGGGACGACUUGUACCCCAUACAGUACUGAUCAGUAGUACCAUAAAUUCUUAUUGUUAACAGUUA